AGCAGGCACAUCAUCAAACAUGGGUCGGGGAGGUGGUGUGGAAUUAUGAAAAAACCAAAAAGCACUGUAAAGAUCUUGGAAGAAGAGUUAGACAAGAGAGCAAAGGAAGGUCUCUGAGCAGACAGCACAGGGAGAGACCAGAGCCAUCGCAGGGAGGAGAGGGUUAAAUCCUUUCGUCUGCAGUACAAAAGAAAAGAGUGUGCGGAAAGAUUAGGAUUUUUGCUUUUACAAUGGGAGCUGCAGAAGCGUAGGGAAGAAGCUGAAGAAAAAAAAGGGGGCGUCUCCCCUUUAAAGACUUGGAGAGAUUGAGAGAGAAAGAGAGAGAGAGAGGGACAGGGAGUCAGAGAGUCUGUCUCUGGGAAGGGAGACCAUCUCUGCUUCACAGUGAUUGCACUGGAGGGGGGGAAGCAUCAGUUGGCUUCAGACCCAAGGGGGAGAACGGGGCAGGUCACCCCGGUUGAGACUAAGUGAGCGUUGCCCCUCCCUCUCCCACCUCUCUCUGCCCGGGAAUGUCUCGGCGAAAGCAGCGGAAACCCCAACAGUUAAUCUCGGACUGCGAAGGUCCCAGCGCGUCUGAGAACGGUGAUGCUAGCGAGGAGGACCACCCCCAAGUCUGUGCCAAGUGCUGCGCACAAUUUACAGACCCAGCUGAAUUCCUCGCCCACCAGAACGCAUGCUCUACUGAACCCCCUGUAAUGGUGAUAAUUGGGGGCCAAGAAAACCCCAACAACUCUUCUUCCUCCACUGAACCCCGGCCCGAGGGCCACAAGAGUCCCCCGGUCAUGGACGCAGAGCACAGAAGUCCCCCGGAUUCUGGGUCCUCCGUGCCCACGGAUCCCACCUGGGGCCCUGAACGGAGAGGAGAGGAGCCCGCGGGGCACUUCCUGGUCGCUGCCACAGGUACAGCAGCCGGGGGAGGUGGGGGCCUAAUUUUGGCCAGUCCCAAACUGGGUGCAACCCCAUUACCUCCAGAGUCGACCUCUGCACCCCCUCCUCCCCCACCUCCUCCUCCACCCCCAGGUGUAGGCAGUGGCCACUUGAACAUCCCUCUGAUCCUGGAAGAGCUACGGGUGCUGCAGCAGCGGCAAAUCCAUCAGAUGCAGAUGACUGAGCAAAUCUGCCGGCAGGUGCUGCUGUUGGGCUCCUUAGGCCAGACUGUCGGUGCCCCUGCCAGUCCCUCAGAGCUACCUGGGACAGGGACCCCAUCCUCCACCAAGCCCCUGCUACCCCUCUUCAGCCCCAUCAAGCCAGUCCAAACUGGCAAGACACUGGCACCUUCCUCCUCCUCCUCCUCCUCCUCCUCCUCAGGGGCAGAAACACCCAAGCAGGCUUUCUUCCACCUCUACCACCCACUGGGGACACAGCAUCCCUUCUCUGCUGGAGGAGUUGGGCGAAGCCACAAACCCACCCCUGCCCCCUCUCCAGCCUUGCCAGGCAGCACAGACCAGCUGAUUGCCUCACCUCACCUGGCAUUCCCAGGUACCACGGGACUGCUGGCAGCACAGUGUCUGGGGGCAGCCCGUGGCCUUGAGGCCGCUGCCUCCCCAGGGCUCCUGAAGCCAAAGAAUGGAAGUGAGCUGGGCUAUGGAGAGGUAAUGGGUCCCUUGGAGAAGCCUGGAGGACGGCAUAAAUGCCGCUUCUGCGCCAAAGUAUUUGGCAGUGACAGUGCCCUGCAGAUCCACCUGCGCUCCCACACUGGUGAGAGGCCCUACAAGUGCAAUGUUUGUGGCAACCGCUUUACCACCCGUGGCAACCUCAAAGUGCACUUCCACCGGCACCGUGAGAAGUAUCCACAUGUGCAGAUGAACCCACAUCCCGUGCCAGAGCACCUAGACUACGUCAUCACCAGCAGCGGCCUGCCCUAUGGUAUGUCUGUGCCACCAGAGAAAGCUGAGGAGGAGGCCACACCCGGUGGAGCUGUUGAACGCAAGCCUCUGGUGGCCUCUACCACAGCACUCAGUGCCACAGAGAGCUUGACACUGCUCUCCACCAGUGCAGGCACGGCCACAGCUCCUGGGCUCCCUGCUUUUAAUAAGUUUGUGCUCAUGAAAGCCGUGGAGCCCAAGAGUAAAGCUGAUGAAAACACUCCUCCAGGGAGCGAGGGCUCAGCCAUAACCAGUGUGGCAGAAAGUGGCACCGCAACCCGCAUGCAGCUAAGUAAGCUGGUGACUUCACUACCGAGCUGGGCACUGCUUACCAACCAUUUCAAGUCCACUGGCAGCUUUCCCUUCCCCUAUGUGCUAGAGCCCUUGGGAGCUUUGCCCUCUGAGACAUCAAAGCUGCAGCAACUGGUAGAAAAGAUUGACCGUCAAGGAGCUGUGGCAGUGGCCUCUACUGCCUCAGGAGCCCCCACCACCUCUGCCCCUGCAGUUUCAUCCUCAGCCUCAUCUGGACCUAACCAGUGUGUCAUCUGCCUCCGGGUGCUGAGCUGUCCUCGGGCUCUGCGCUUGCAUUAUGGUCAACAUGGAGGUGAGCGGCCCUUCAAAUGCAAAGUGUGUGGCAGAGCCUUCUCCACUCGGGGCAAUCUGCGUGCACAUUUCGUUGGCCACAAGGCUAGUCCAGCUUCCCGGGCCCAGAACUCCUGCCCCAUCUGCCAGAAGAAGUUUACCAAUGCCGUCACUCUGCAGCAGCAUGUCCGCAUGCACCUGGGGGGCCAGAUCCCCAAUGGUGGGACCACACUCUCUGAAAGCGGGGGAGCUGCCCAGGAGAAUGGUUCCGAACAAUCUACGGGCUCUGGGGCAGGGAGCUUCCCCCAGCAGCAAUCCCAGCAGGCAUCCCCAGAAGAGGAGUUGUCUGAUGAGGAGGAGGAGGAGGAGGAGGAAGAAGAGGAUGAUGUGACCGAUGAAGAUUCCCUGGCAGGGAGAGGCUCCGAGAGUGGAGGUGAGAAAGCAAUAUCAGUACGAGGCGACUCGGAAGAGGCAUCUGGGGCAGAGGAAGAAGUGGCGACGGUGGCCACAGCUGGGAAGGAGAUGGAUAGUAAUGAAAAAGCCACUCAACAGUUUUCUCUGCCACCACCACCACCACCACCAUCUGACAGCCUGGAUCAACCACAGCCAAUGGAUCAGGGAAGCAGUGAUGCUGCAGGAGGCACAGAAGUGGGGGGCAAACCAGAGAGGAGCUCAAGCCCAAUGUUAGCACUCACCCCAGAAGGGGAAGGCCCCAGCACCGUCUUGGUGGAGGGGUUGGGCAUGCAGGAAGCAAUAAGAAAGGAGCCAGGAGAGAGCAGCAGUAGAAAAGCCUGUGAAGUGUGUGGCCAGACCUUUCCCACCCAGGCAGCUCUGGAGGAGCAUCAGAAGACCCACACCAAGGAGGGGCCGCUCUUCACCUGUAUUUUCUGCAAGCAGGGCUUUCUCGAGCGGGCUACCCUCAAGAAGCAUAUGCUGCUGGCUCACCACCAGAACCAGUACACGGCUUUCCUGUCAAGUGGCCUGCCCACCAAGCCCUGGAGUUCCAGCUCCUCCUCCACUACUCCAGGCCUGGCACCACCAGUGCUGUUUGGCCCAAAAACUGUGGCUGGGAAAGUGCUCCCAGGAACGGCAUCCAGAGAGGCCAAGGAGAAGAAAGCCCCCCUCCUCCUUUUUCGGCCUCCUGCAUCCAAGGCAGUGCCUGAGAACCCCAUCGUAGAAGAGAAGUAGCAAACUGUACAUUCCUUCUUCCCUCUGCUCCAGAAGGUGCCAGCAAUGAAGAUGCAGCAGUCAGUAACUGGUGGCUCAGCCCUAGGGAUAGGGAGAAACAGGGUAUAGGACACUCUUCUGGUAAACCACCAAUAGUCACAUUAAGGCAAAGGUGUUAACUGGUCAAUAUGCCAAGAUAUCUCCAGCGGCUCGUAUUCCCUUAUUAUGGGAAUUUAGGAAGCAAGCAGAUUUCUUGCCAAGAAGUUUCCCAUGGAAUAUUUUGGGAAACAUGAAGUUAGUUUAUAACUUUAAGGAGCACUGUUGGUGAGGGUGGUUGGAGUAAUGAUGGAGAGUUGAGUUGAAUUGAGUAAUGAUGGAGUGUUGCCGAACCACAGGGCUCGUUGGGAAUCUAUUUGAUUAAGAAAGUGAUGUGAUAUAAGGGAGGGGACUUUAAAUUCUGAUUGAAUGGAUCUGAUGAAUGUUUGACACAGUGUGCAGCAGUGCACCAGGGAUCAUGGGGGAUUUCCUUGCACUAGUGUUCUAGUUUUAGAUAACUCCCUCCUUUAUUCCCUGGCCCCUUGUAUUUUCCUCAUCUUCCUCUCUCAAGGCCCCUUUCCACCUCCCUGUUUUGCCUGUUUAUGAACUGGGGCCUAUGUGUUUACCACCAUCUGGUUCUUAAGAGCCCCAGACGUUGGGAAACCAACUCCAGGUGGUAUCCUCCCUGCUUCUCUGUCUUGUAAUGAGAUUUAGUAUUUACUGUUAACAUAGGAUCAUUUGGAACAGGAGUUCUGAGGAGGAGAAAAUGAGGGUUCUGCUAAACUGACUUGAAUGAUGGCUUCUCCUCCAAAGGUGUAGGCUCCAAAGUUUCCUAACAUAGUAAAAUGUAAAGAGCAGACAAGGGAGAUGUUAGUGUCUUUCCUUCUAUCAUUAAAGGUGUUUUGACCAAAUAGCUGUGUGUUUCUCCUUAUUUCUUGACAAAAUAGCCAGCUGGAGUGUGAUUUGGGCAUUCCUUAACAUUGAGAUUUCCUUCCCACCUAGCUCUCCUGCCAAAGCAGAACAUAUGGUGUUGACAUAUUUAAUUUAUUCAGCCUUGUCCUAAAACAACCUCCAAUGCAUAUAAUUUCCCUGUGGAAAUGGAGUUUCUAUUCUCAAAAGGUAGGGGAUUUUCCUACUGCGUCCAGUCAUUGUCUAGGUUUUCUCUUUGCCAAUACAGGCUAGAAUCUCCCACCACCAGCCUUUUAUGUUUUGUUUGUUUGGGAGGUUGAAAGCUGUUUCUUUAUCAUUCUUCCUUGUACCUCAGGCCAGCAACCUAUCUGACAUCAGUUGAUCUGUGGACCAUGGGGAAUUAAUCUUCAUGAUCCUUGAAAUCUGAUGUUGUAA